CAUGCGACUACAAGUUGUUUACGAAAUUGACGACGAAAUCAACAUGAAAAUCUUAGAAUUAUACAGUGGAAUAGGAGGAAUGCACACUGCAUUCAAAAGGGCGAAUCUUGAAGGAGAAGUUGUUUGUGCAAUUGACAUCAACCCAACAGCCAACAAAGUUUACGCGCACAAUUUUCCGACCACCAAUAGCAUCAAUGGUAACAUAGAAGGUCUGACUGUGAAUAAAAUCAAGAAGAUGAACAUUGACACCGUCUUCAUGUCUCCUCCAUGCCAGCCAUUCACUCAACUUGGUCUGCAAUUGGACAUUCAUGAUCCCAGAACAAAAUCAUUCAUUUAUUUCCUUGGAAUUCUACCAGAACUUGACAUCAAGAGGCUUUUGCUAGAGAAUGUGAGGGGUUUUGAGCUGUCUGAGGUGCAUAAUAUGUUCAUUACAACACUGAAAAAGUGUGGUUUUCAUUAUAAAGAGUUUAUGUUAAGCCCUAAUCAAUUGGGUGAGCCAAAUAGGCGCCGGAGAUAUUAUUGCGUGGCUAAAAGAGCCUUUGAUGAGGCUGCAGUGGCAAACUUGCCUCAAAAUGAUGAAGUUAUACAAGAUCCAUACACUUUAGAGAAGAUUUUGGAAGAUGUGACCACAGAUGAGUAUAAUGUGCCUAUUAAAAUGUUAUUAAACAAGUCGAAAUUGUUUGAUAUUGUGUACAAAGACUCCAACAGAAGUUGUUGCUUUACAAAGAGUUAUGGAAGGUAUAUUGAAGGAUCUGGAAGUAUUUUUACUCCAAAAACCAUGGCUGAAGUAGAUGAUGUCUAUGAGCGAUUAAAUGAAAACACACAAGAUGAAAUAGACCCUGAAACUCGGAUAAAAAUCGAGACGGAGUUGUUAAAAUCGUUGCAGUUUCGCUUUUUUACAUCACGAGAAAUUUGCAGAUUGAUGUGUUUUCCUGAGGAGUUCGGCUUCCCGGCAAGCGUCACAAAUCGCCAGCGAUAUACACUUCUCGGAAAUAGUAUUAACUGCAAAGUUGUUGCCGAGUUAAUGAAGCUGUUAUAAUGAAUAUUUUUUACGACCGAAUGAAA